GAUUCAGAGCCGAGUCAUUCAAACGCUAGUCUUCCGCAGAUAGAGACCCAAAGCGACGGUACGCUGUAUUUCGCGCACAUAUCAAAGGCGGACACGGGUUGGUAUAAGUGCACGACUGAACACCUCUUCGGACACUUCUCGUCGUUUGGAUACUAUCUUAAUGUUCGCAAACCCUCCGAACUGCACGACUUGGACCACAUAUUACGGUCACCAUUAGCUCCACCGCCGCUGAGCGCCGACGGUAUCGGCGGUCCGGACGGCCAUAAGGACAGUGAACCCAACGAAGCGGCUCUCAUGAAGGCCUACGAGGCGUCCAAAGAGUCGUCGCCAUACGAGUCCGCAUCAAAUGUGAUGCAAUCGUCGGCCGGUAAUCAGAGGUACGGCGAGAGAAAUAGUCCGCAACCCAUACAACAGCGCAAGGAAUGCGCCGGAAAUCAUAUCAAUACCGGCGAACCGGUGAUCGAUACC